GGGACUUGUAUCCAGAGCCUUAAAACAUAUUUAAUUAAUAAUUAAAAACGUCAUUUUAUUUUUGCCUAUGUCCACAAUGCAUUUUUUUUUAUUAUAUCUGCUAUAAAUAAUUAUUUUCACAAAAAUAGAUAUCAAAUUUGCAGUAUCUUCAACACUUCAGCAAUAACUUCUCUACGGUUGUUUUACAGCAGUUGUGCAAGAGAUUUGCUUCUGUAAUUCAAUUGCACGAGGUAUAGUCUAUUGCACUACCGCAAUAAUCCUCGUGGGUGUACAUUACUGAUCAGCAAUACGGCGGAAUGUACUGAGAGUCUACAGCGAGUGAUGGAUAAAAUCCAAUUGUUGUUGCACGUUGGAAUUUUAGUACCAUCGCUAUUUGUGGACUAUCUUUCAACGCAUUUCGAUAUAGGUUUAGAUUUGAGAACUAUUCAAGUUUUAAGACACUUUCCAUUUAUUAACUUGAUUAAAAAUAUAGCGAACUUUAUUCUAGUUAUAACUACUGUGAUAUAAAAUAUAAAGUAUAUUAAACACACUCUUCAGUUGUUCUUGUUUUAUUACUAUUACAUGUAUAUUUGUACUACUUCUACUGGUGUGAGGGUAUAAUCAUCUGGUAUCAACAGUCGCUGGGGCAGUUUUGUUAUUUACUUUGUCAUAUUUGGACUUAUAUGUUAUAAUAAUAUUUAUGCAGUGACAUAAUAGAGCUAUAGAGUGGACAAAAUGUCAUGUGUCCUGGUCUGAGGGGCUCCAGGUCUUAGAGGUUGUGAACACAGAAGAAUUUAUUAUAGAAAUUAGUAUAAAAUAUUGAAUUGUAAAUGAAAGUCGAAAAUAUAUACAAAUUAUACAAAUAAAGAUGAAGAAUAUCGACUUUGCUAUUCUAUUUAUUAAAAAUCUAUUGUUUCUUUUUUAAUUUUUAUAAUGGGAAAGUUCUAUCCGAUGAAUUUGCCACAGGCCCCAGAUGGUAUAGUUAUUCUACUGUAUUUAAUUCAAUCUUUUUUUAGUUCUAUUCCAUAUUAGUAUGGAUUUAUUACAAUAAUUACUUAUAUAAAAAUAUAAGUAAAAAAUCUGGUUUAUAAAUAAUAAAAUCCAAUAAAACGUCUCAUCCGAAAAUGACAGUCCUCGCACUACAUAAUUGAACUUUCUUGUAUAUAACAUGGUCUAUAUAUUAUCCUGUAUAUAUAAUAUAUAAGCAUUAUAUGUCUGAGCUCUUAAGUAAUCACUUGUAUCUCUAAUACCAUCCUUAUAUUUUAUAUUUUAUAUAUUAAUAGUGGUUAAAUACAUAUUUAUAAUAGAAUUGGUGUUUUGUACUAAAAAGUGAAUUUGUUUAGACAUCAAGGUAUUGGUUCUCUGUAUGGAAAUAUUGUAAUUCUCUAAAAAAUAUUCAUAACUGGAAUAACAGUAAUGGUUAUUAUAAAAUUUAUAUAUGUUUUUGUAAAUUAUAUGUUUAGAAAUUUACAUCUUUUUAUGGGUUAUAUAGAAACAUAUAUGUCAUACUAGAAUAGGACAUCAAAAUGACAGUCACACUCAAUUUCUUUUUCUCAAUUCUUAGUCAUUUGAUGGGAUAUGAGUAGUUUUUAAAAUUAGCAAUGCUGCCCAUUGACCAUAUAUUGUUCUUGUGUAUGUUUAAAAUUUAGAAGUUGUUUGAUCAUGCUAUCUAGUAAGACCGAAAGAUUAUAUAUUUUUAGGUAGGUAGGACAAGAUGAGUGAAGAAAAAUAUAUGGAAAGUCCACCAGUUAAGAAACAAAAAAUUAAAAUUGAACCAGACAGUGAAAUAGAAACAGACUUGUCUAAAAAUGUGACAGAGACAACUGAUGCAGAACCUGCAGUGGCCACUGAUAAAUACAGGGAUUAUGUUAAUCCUGAAGAGUUGGAAAGGCUGAAGGAGUUCAAGGUGCUGGACGAGCUCAAGUCAAGUGAUGAGGAUAGCAACAAUGAGGACUCCGACAAUUCUGAUGGCAAAUUGGGGGGACUGCCAGAUGAGGAGAUUGAGAAGAUGCUAGAAGAAAACCUGCCAGAGAACUUCAGGGUACCGCCCAAACCUAAGGAAAAGACGUACAUCACGAGGCAGAAAAUAGUCCUUGAAGACAAAGGCGUGAACCAGUUCGAGGUGUUGCCACUGGACUGGAUGAUGGUGCGCCACUACAGCGGGAUGCCGAUCUACAUGCACCGCACCACCAGGGUCUGCACACUCUCCAAGCCCUACAGCCUCGGAAAAGGGAACUCUAGGAGACAUGACAUUCCAAUUACUUCAAUACCCUGUUUCGCAUAUAAAAGAGCAUUAAUAGAAGAAGAUAAACAGAUGGAAAUCGAUAGACAAAUUGAUGAACAGAUUAGAAAUCAAAUAUCGGUUAAUAAACAAAGUAAUGAUGAAACUAAAUCUGUUGUUAAAAAUGAUGGUUUAAAAAACGAACCACAAGAAAGUGAAUGCCCAUAUUGUCAUCAAAGCGCAAAUGGAAUAGACCAAACAAAUCAACCUGAAUGUAAUCUCAACAAGCAAGAGGUAAUUGAUGAUGAAGUUAAAGAAAGAAAUGAAAAUUGUACUAACAAAGAAUCGGUUCAACCCCAUGAUGAGACUGAAGCAAACGUACAAGCUACUAACGACCGAACGAACGAGCAACAAAAUCCGAAUAAAUCGAACGAACAAGCUGGCUGCGAGACGCAGGCGGCAGGCUGCCCGGCUGUUAGCCGGCGGCCAGUGGUGCUGCCAGGCGGCGUGGUUAUGCCGCCGCCGCGGGUCGAGACCGUCGGCAGCAGCUGGAAGAUGCAGCACAUCACGCCCGAGCAGCUCAACGACUACUGCAAGACACUGUUCAAGUUUAAAACUGUCAACGUUAUGCAUUUCAAAAGUUGGGCAGAUCGUCACAAGUACACGAAAGCUCGUAAGGCGUUACAGUAUCCCACUCUGCCUGAGGGGACCAAGAUCAUCACUAUUCCUGCAUCUGUCGCUAGUAGGAGGGACAGUGGAGGCAAGCCGAAACGUAAUUGGAUCAUGAAUAUGAACGGACGUAACUACCUGUCGGAGUUUCACGAGUACGUGCGACGCGCGCUGCAAAAGCAACCUGUCUACGAGUUUAAACAACUAGAAAACGCGUUGCAGCCGUACCAGGCGACUGUGUACAUCGGCGGCAUACAGUACGGCGUGGGGCAGGGCUCCAGCAAGCGGCAGGCCAAGUCGGCCGCCGCGCGCGCCUCCAUCGAGAUUCUCAUCCCGGAGAUGCGCGACGUAGAGCCGCCGUCCGCCACCGCCGACAACCGGGACUUCUCGUUUUUUGAUGACGUGGGCAUCGAGGACCCCCGGAUUCCAGAGUUCUGUAUGGCGACAUGCGAGCCCUCCCCCCACGCUAUACUGCUCACGUGUCUGCAGAGGAACUUUGGCGCUGGGGAGCGACAUAUACACAGCGAGAUGAAGAAGCUGGAACUCCAGAAAAUAGAGAUGACGAUGAGCGUAGGCAAACACUCGGCCACCGUCGUGUGCAAGAAUAAGAAGUCAGCCAAACAGCGGGCGUCACAGAUGAUACUGCAGUUGCUGCACCCCCACGUCCGCUCGUGGGGCUCGCUCCUCCGUCUGUACGGCUCACGCUCCAUGAAGAGCUGUAAAGAGAGAAAACUGGAGGAGCAAGAGAUCACUCUCUUGCAGGACAAAGCUCGUCACAACGAGCCUAAUUACGCUGUGAUAGAAAAACUAAGGCAUGAAAUGAGGAAACUAAAGGAGCGGGACGAAGCCGUGGCGCCUAUCGGUACUCUGCUUCUCAAGGACGACCUGCCCACGCAUUCCGGGUCCAACCUUAAAAAUGUAGAUUUAUGAGCCCGCAGGUGGAGUGAAUGAUCGAGUGAGUAUUGGCUUGACUCGAUCGCAAGCCUGUGUUCGGACACUAGUGAUGUGCUGGAUAAGCUGGAUUAUCGAAUGCGAAUCUGUAAUUCAGGGGUUCCCAAACUUAUUUUGUCUACUGCCCACUUUGAGAAUAAAUUAUUUUUUAGUUC